UUGAAGUGUACUGUUGCUUCCGCGCGCAGUACUCUCCGCGAUAGUCCGCAAUCGCGACUCGCUUCUGAAUCAACGGAAACCAACCCUGCGAUGGUCCGGUCUCCGCUCCACUUCGAAUCCUCCGCCCUCACCCGUCGGAUUUCUCCGGGCCCUCUUCCCUCUCCACAUAUAACUGUAGAUCUCCCGGCCAUGUCUCUCGCCUCCUCCUCCGCCGGCUCCAGUUUCUAAGCAUCCUUUUGCUCCAGCGAUGCCGGCUUCUCUCUCGCUCUCCCUUCCCUUCCCAACUGCCGCCCCUCCGGCAUCCGAUCCGUCGGCCGCCGCUGCCCCCUUCGGUGCAUUCUGCAGUUACGGCCGACGGUUCUGCGGCCUCCGCAGGGAGGACUUGUCACUCCGCUCGCUGAAUUGGGCGGCCUCGGGGCGGAUCACCCCGGAUUCCUCCCGGAGGUUCUCGAGGAAGAUCUUGGCCGUGGUGAAGUAUAACGGGAGCCCCGCCAAAGUCUUUGAUUAUGAUCUCGUCAUCAUCGGAGCUGGCGUCGGAAGCCAUGGCGCUGCGCUCCAUGCAGUCGAGAAGGGUUUAAAAACUACCAUUAUUGAAGGGGACAUUGUUGGUGGUACUUGUGUAAAUAGAGGAUGCGUUCCAUCUAAAGCUCUUCUUGCUGUUAGUGGUCGCAUGCGUGAACUUCAUGAUGAGCAUCACCUGAAGGCUCUGGGUCUACAGGUUUCAAGCUUCAUUUCUUCUUUUUCUUACCAUAUGUCUAGAAUCCAAAGACAAUUUGUAUACUGUUUUAUUAGUGUCACAUCUCCUGGUUAUAAUAGACUAAGCGUUGCUGAUCAUGCAAAUAAUCUUGCUUCCAAAAUUCAGAUUAAUUUGACUAAUUCAUUGAAAGCUCUAGGUGUUGAUAUACUCACAGGUGUAGGCACUAUUGUGGGUACACAAAAGGUGAAAUAUGGAAAGGUCGGGUUUCCUGGUACAGAAAUUACAGCUAGGAAUACAAUAAUAGCUAGUGGAUCUGUUCCCUUUGUACCUAAUGGCAUUGAAGUGGAUGGGUACAUUGUAGGGAAAACUGUGUUCACUAGUGAUCAUGCACUCAAGCUGGAACCGGUGCCAGAUUGGAUAGCUAUUGUAGGAAGUGGUUAUAUUGGACUUGAAUUUAGUGAUGUGUACACUGCCCUUGGUAGUGAGCCUCAAGCAAGGGAGAAAGGUGAGAAGGAUAGGUUUGAAGUACGUGUUGCUAAGACUAGUUUCAAGGCUAACACAAAAGCUCUGGCAGAGAAUGAAGGCGAGGGGCUCGCUAAGUUGAUAUACAGACCUGAUAAAGGGGAGAUCCGUGGAGUUCAUAUUUUAGGGCUGCAUGCUGUAGACCUCAUCCAUGAGGCAUCAAAUGCUAUAGCCCUGGGAACACGUCUACAGGAUAUAAAAUUUGCUGUUCAUGCGCAUCCAACUUUAUCUGAAGUUUUACACGAACUCUUCAAAUCUGCUGAGGUUAAUGUUGGUGUCCCGUCUUCUGUAAGUCAACCAGUUGCAGCCAAACCAGUCUUUAGAUGAUCUCGGUUAUCAGGAGGAAGCCUUCUCAAAUACCUUAUAACACAUCAAGAAUCUCAUCUUUGUUUUCACUGAAGAUAACGAAUUCGUGGAAAGCUCAGUGGAGCUCUGCUGUUGCUGCUACCGACGGAAGGAGAGUGACGGCUACCACUGAAGACUUGGACCAGCGGAGCAAUCAAAGCCACAAAGAACAAGUGGGUGAUAGGAGGGCCACGAUCCGGAAAAAUUAGGUUUGUCAUUGCCAAAAGCUGCCGGUUCCCGGGACAAGUAUGCCGAAAUUAAUUGCUCGUCGAAUGGCAGAGCUCUCUCAGCGUCAGACGGUCUCCUCGAGGUAUGUAUUGAUUGCAUGGUCCUCAGCACACCGUAAUGAUUACUUCUUACUGCAUUUUGUUGCGUAGAACUCAAUGUGACAAUAUAUGCAUGCUCUUGUCUUGAUUGGUGCCACUGUUCGCUACCUUUCCAACGCACAAAUAUACGCCCCGUUCCUAAAAUCUUUCUUCUGCAAACACUGUCACGUAGCUGCAAUUUGUCUUUCCUCCUACCA